AUGUUUAUCUGCGGACCUACACAUCCCUUUUCUCUCAUGAUCCGACCCUUACCACCCUUUCCCACCGAUUCCCCCCCCUUCCCACCCACUCCCGCCGUCUCCCACCCCUCCCACUCAUCCUUCCUAUCCUCCGUGCUCACUCUCGCCGCCUCCCAGUCCACGUCAGCAAUGACGCCGGUGCUAAUGUUCACCGAGUGCCGCCCGCCGCCGAACCUCUUCCGCUGCCGCGAUCUGGUGAUGCACGAGGGGCCAAUCUGGCUCUACCACGUGGCACCCGCCGCCAUGCGUGAGCGUCUGCAGCCAAUCGGGUCGUGCCAGCUGGCGCACCCGACGACCUUGGCGGAAGUGGGCAGGGCGGAAGAGGGAGCACAGAAAGGGCGGGAUGCCGCUCGGAGAACAGGAGAAGCGCACGAAGCGGAACUAGUGGAGGCGCCCCAGGAAGCGCGAGGUUCGGCGCGGCAAAUGCUGGAAUCGCGGACACCCCAAGGGUCGCCUCGAGCGGCGCCGCGAGUGGCUUACGCGUCGGUGCUGCACACGACAGAGGACUACGUGUGCGGCGCGAUCGUGCUGGGUAGGAGCCUGAAGAAGAGCAGGACGAAGGUGGACCUGGUGCUGCUGGUGUCGCGGGAAAUCAGCCGCAAGAGCCGCAAGGGACUGAAGAAGGCGGGGUGGCGGCUCAAGGAGAUCGAGCGGAUUCGCAACCCGCGCGCCGUGCCCAAGACUUAUAACGAGUGGAACUACAGGUGCGUGCGGGGAGGGAAGGGAGGGGAAGGGGGUGAGCAGAGGGGGGACAGAGGGGGGAGAUGA